AUGGCGCCCAAAACCGUCUUGGUCACCGGGGCCAACGGCUUCAUCGGCUCUGCUGCAUGCCGAGCCUUUUCUUUGGCAGGAUGGACGACGUACGGGCUGAUCCGCAGCGAGCGGAGUGCGGCCGACCUGAUCAGGGAGGAAGUGACCCCAAUCAUCGGCAGCCCGGCCGACCCGUCCACUUUCAUCUCGACACUGCCGGCGAUCGACGUGAUCGCGACAUGUUCCGAAGACCUCGUCCACUACCAGGCUCACUUCAACGACGUGCUGGCCCUGAUCAAGCAGGUCAGUGCGCGUUCCAAGGCCCAGGGGGCCGGCAAACCUCUAGUCAUCUUCACCAGCGGGUGCAAAGACUACGGCACGACGUUGCGCCACGGUGAAGCCGGGCUGGCCCCGCACACGGAAGAAAGCCCUCUCAGGCCGCCGCCCAUCCUGGUGCCGCGCUGCGAGUCGGGCGUCCACAUCCUGACCGCGUACACGGACGAAUUCGACUGUGUCGUCACGCGGCCAACCACGCUCUACGGCCGUUCUAGCAGCUUCUACUCACAGCUGUUCCAAGUGCUGGACCAAGCCAAGACGCAACCCGACGGGACGAGGGUCGUGACCAUCCCUUCCACGCCCACGUCCAUCUUGCACGGCACCCAUAUCGACGACGUGGGCGCCGCGUACGUGGCACUGGCGACGGCGCCCCGCCACAUCGUGGCAGGCCAGGCCUACAACAUCUCCGCCCACCGCUACGAGACGCUGGCCGAGAUCGUGGCCGUGGUGGAACGGGUCGAGGGCGUCAAAGUGUCGUACGGGGACGCCGCGUCCGGGUCGAACACUACAUUUCUCAAGGCCUUUUUCGACUUCCCGCAGUGGGUCGGCUCCGACAAGCUGCGCCGAGACACGGGCUGGUCCGACAAAAAGUCCUUGUUCCACGAGGGGUAUCAAGUCUACCGAAACACAUAUCGCCUCGCCGCGGAGGAGAAGUCGGAACAGUUUGUGAGAGCGUCGAAAAUAGCGGUUGCUGCCGACGUCAAUGAGGCAAACAAGUGGAGCGUAUAG